AUGGCAAUUGUGAAAGCUUCUACAACCACAUACAUCACCCUCUCUGUCAGCCAAGCAGAAGCCGCGGCCACACAAGGAGAAAGAGACAAGUCAACUAAGUACAAGGAAAUAGAUCACAGGUUCAACUUCAUUCCAAUAGGAUCCGAGACUCUUGGUCCAUGGGGAGAGUGUGCAAGGUUUCAUAAGGAUCUUGGUUCCAGGCUCAUUGAAACUACAAGAGACUAUAGAAGACUCCUCUAUGGCGACGCCUCCGCCGCCACCUCUGGCAGCAGGUCAGACGCUGGGGUCCUGGUCUAUGGCGACGCCUCCGGCAGCAGGUCAGACGCUGGGGUCCUGGUCUAUGGCGACGCCUCCGCCGCCACCUCCGGCAGCAGGUCAGAUGCUGGGGUCCUGGGCUAUGGCGACGCCUCCGGCAGCAGGUCAGAUGCUGGGGUCCUGGGCUAUGGCGACGCCUCCGGCAGCAGGUCAGAUGCUGGGGUCCUGGGCUAUGGCGACGCCUCCGGCAGCAGGUCAGAUGCUGGGGUCCUGGGCUAUGGCGACGCCUCCGGCAGCAGGUCAGAUGCUGGGGUCCUGGUCUAUGGCAACGCCUCUGCCGCCACCUCCGGCAGCAGGUCAGACGCUGGGGCCCUGGUCUAUGGCAACGCCUCCGCCGCCACCUCCGGCAGCAGGUCAGACGCUGGGGUCCUGGUCUAUGGCAACGACUCUGCCGCCACCUCCGGCAGCAAGUCAGACGCUGGGGUCUUGGUCUAUGGCAACGACUCCGCCGCCACCUCCGUCAGCAGGCCAGACGCUGGGGUCCUGGUCUAUGGCGACGCCUCCGCCGCCACCUCCGGCAGCAAGUCAGACGCUGGGGUCCUGGUCUAUGGCAACGCCUCCGCUGCCACCUCCGGCAGCACCGUUAGCGGGUCAGGGGAAAAAAGUCAAACUGGAGACGGCCGCGUGAGCCAGGGAGAUGAAGACAUCGGGAAGACUGGCCGGGGCCCCGGCGGUGACAGUCUAAGCAAUACCUUUAAGAAUAAAUGCCACGCAUCGUUGACACGAGGCGACAACCGCUGCCAGGAGGAUGUUAUCAAGAUGGACACCACGCCAGGACGACCGCGAGCACGACCGCAAGCAACGCCACACCAGGAGAUUAACACGGCCCGAGUAAUCAGUGAUUGA